AUGAAACAAGUUCUAAGAACUGGAUCAUUAUCCAAAAGAUUUCAAUUUCUCUGGACUUCCCUAUCAACCCUAGUUGUCAAGAAUGAGUUGGACUUCUCUCAAGCGCUAUCUCUCGAGUAUGUGAAAUUGUGCGAUGAAUUGAUUGCAAAAGUAUUGUCAGGUUGUCCGGUUUUGGAAUUUUUGGAAUUGAAUUCAUUUACCGGUAUCAAUCACUUGAAUAUUGAUUCAGUGAGCGUGAAGAAGGUUGUCAUACAACACUCUGUGGUUGUAAGAAAUGAUGAGUCUGUCCUGGAAAUUUCAGCUCCUAAUCUUCAGUCAUUGGAGCUUUUGGGAACCUUUCACCGAAGAAAGUGUCGACUAGUGAAUGUUUCAUCUCUUGUUGAAGCCAAUCUGAGUUUGACAUUUGAUGAAACUUGUGGUAGAGACAGUGAAGAUGAUAAUUUAAAGCAGUGGAACCAAUUGAAAGAACUUCUUGAGGGAGUUCAACAUGUAAAGGAGCUUCAAUUAGGGACUUGGUGUAUUCAGUGGUUGAUUGGUGUGGCUUUCAACUGGUAUUCAUAUAAAUCAACAGUUGAGAUGUCUCGCACACUAUAA